GCUCAACUCCCAGAGGCAGAUCCCUGAAAUUCUACUCUGUCAGUUACUGCAGCUGCUACCAUUCUCAAGACCCUCACCAUGAAAGGCCUUCAGCUGCUUAUCCUGUCUGCUCUGCUCUGCUGGGUUUCAGCUGACAUUCGCUGUCACUCCUGCUACAAGGUGCCUGUACUUGGAUGUAUGGACCGGCAGUCCUGUCUCCUGGAUCCAGGCCAGCAGUGCCUGACGACAAACGUGUACCUCGGUAAGAUGUGGCUUUACUCCAACCUGCGCUGUGGCACACGGGAAGAGCCCUGUCGUGAGGCCUUCAACCAAAGCAACCACAAGCUGGGCCUGACCUACAAUACCACCUGCUGCAACAAGGACAGCUGCAAUAGCCCAGCCCCCCGGCCCACCCCGGCCCUGGCCCUGGUCCUCACCUCCCUGACUGGCCUUGGGCUCUGGCUGCUGCACUGA